ACACUGUGUGCUUGAGCCUUCAGGGCCGGUUGCAACGCUGACCUGUAAUCCUCAGUACUGUGACUCUCACAUGAUGUAGGAAUGCUGUGCCGUGGCCCACUCGCACUCACACUCGUUCCCUUCUGUCUCCUCUACCCCUCAGCAGACCAGCAUCCCUCUCUGAGCGCUCUGGAGGACAUAACGUGUCCGCUCCCGGUAUUUGGGAGGUAUGGGGUGGUUUCCGUCUUUUGGGAGAUUUUUCUUUUGGGUGCGGAGGAAUCACUUCCAGAAUGGAGAGAACAAACCUCUGAUACCAAAGGGAGACGUUAAAAACUCAGAGGGUACCUCAGCGGCCACGUAUCUGGGAACGCACGACAGUUCAGGAAGUCAAACCAGCUCGAGUUUAUCCUGCCAUGAAGGGUCAACCAGAGCUUCAUCAUGGAACAUCUUCGCUCCACGGGUUUACAGUUCGUCCAGUUGGAGCGACUAUAUUCUGAAGUACCUCCUCAUCACGAGCAACCUGCUCUUCACUGUUCUCGGUCUGGUCACGCUAGUGGUAGGCCUGUGGGGCCUGAUUAACAAAGAGUCUUUUGCUCAGGAGAAGAUCAGCGGUAUCGGCACAGACCCCAUGCUGCUCUUCACGUUCCUCGGUUUGGUUCUCGCCCUGCUGAGCCUGACGGGAUGCGUGGGGGCGUUGCGGGAGAACAUGUGCCUUCUUCGGACCUUCUCGGCUGCUGUCCUGCUCCUUUUAAUGGUGCAGGUUCUGGCGGCGGUCCUGGUUUACAGCCUGCAAGGCCAGAUCGUGGAGGUUUUGCGCUCGGGUAUGCAGGCCGCCAUGGUGCGGUACCAGGACGACCUGGACCUGAGGUUCAUCACUGAUGAGAUCCAGACGGGCCUGCAGUGCUGCGGGGCGGAUACCUACAGAGACUGGGAAAUCAAUGUGUAUUUCAACUGUUCGGCUCCAGGGGUCCAGGCUUGCGGAGUGCCCCCUUCAUGCUGUGUAGACCCCCUAGAGAACGGGACGGUGUGGAACAGCCAGUGUGGAGUGGGCGCCCAACAGAUGGAUGAGUUCUCUGCCCAGAGCGUGAUCUUCCUGGGCGGCUGUUUGGGCAGCAUCUCCCGCUGGAUUGAGCACAACAGUGGAGUGAUUGUCACGGUAGUCAUAAUUCUGCUGGGGGUCCAGAUACUCACUCUGUUCAUGACGACUCAUCUGCUGCGCAAGAUACGCUGGAACAGAGCUCAGCAUGAUGUGUACUUACAAUCACUGCAAUGAAUGGACUCAGAUGUUUUAAAUAACACUAUAAUGUGUCAUCGGGAUUCUGAACCAGCCUGGAUUUAAUUAAUUCAUUGCAUCUGGCAUCUGGAGAACUUAAGCUGUUUAGUCUGGAGACAAAUAGUCUAGGAAAUUUAUGAUAGCAUGUUAAAUCUUAAAGGCAU